UAGGAUUCUUUGAGUCAGCAAUAUGUCCUUGAAAAAGUAAUAUUUGUUGUCUAGGUCAUUAUAGGUUUGGUGUUGUGAAAAGAUGAUUAUAUAGGCAUAAAAAUGCGGAGAUCAAGUGCUCCGAGCCAGAUCCUUAAGAGAAAACAAGUCGAUAAUGAUGGCGAGACGAAUGCCAGGCGAAAACAGAAAAUCAGCCAAGAUGAAGAACCCCCAUCCAGUCAAUACAUGUCAAACUAUAGAAAGCCUCUCACUCCAUUGCAUGAAGCGAACACUGGCAUGUCAUCUGGACUGUCUGCUCAUGAAGCCAUGAUAAGAAGCAUUUUGUCCAAACCUUUCAAAAUCCCAAUGUCAAACUAUGAACAAGGGUCAUCACGUCGUGGUCUUGGCUUGAAGAGGAAAGGUCCUAAAAGAUCUCUUCAUGACCCAUUUGAAGAAGAUGCUUUGGUUUUAUAUGAACCACCACAGCUAUCUGCACAUGAACAACUGACUGCAGAUUUAGAAAAACAGGAAGUUCAUGUUGUAGUUGAUCCUGUACUUGGGAAGAAGCUCAGACCACAUCAAAGAGAGGGAGUCAAGUUCUUGUAUGAUUGUGUUACUGGGAGGAAAAUUGAAGGAAGCCAUGGCUGUAUCAUGGCUGAUGAGAUGGGUCUUGGUAAAACUCUUCAAUGCAUUACUUUGGUCUGGACUCUAUUGAAACAAGGACCAAGUGGUCAACCAAUCAUUAACAARGCAGUCAUAGUUGCACCAUCAAGUCUAGUUAAGAACUGGUACAAUGAGUUGUCCAAGUGGCUUGGAAACAGGAUUAAUGCUUUGGCAAUUGACUCUGGAAGUAAAGAUGACAUUGAUAGACAAUUGGAGCGAUACAUGUCACARCAAGGGCAUCGAACGCCUACUCCRGUCCUGAUCAUCUCCUAUGAGACAUUCAGACUGCAUGCUACUGUUUUACAUAAAGGCAGUGUUGGACUUGUUAUCUGUGAUGAGGGACAUAGAUUAAAGAAUUUGGAAAGUCAGACGUAUAUGGCACUCAACAAACUUAAUACCAAUAGAAGAGUGCUUUUGUCAGGGACACCUGUGCAAAAUGAUUUAUUGGAAUAUUUUAGCCUGGUUCAUUUCGUCAAUGAAGGAAUUUUAGGAUCUGUACAAGAAUUUAAAAGAAAAUUUGAGACACCAAUACUGAGAGGACGAGAUGCAGACGCUUCUGAUGCAGACCAUCAAAAAGGAGCUGAGAAACUUGCUGAGCUUACCUUACUUGUCAACAAAUGCAUCAUAAGAAGAACAGCAUCAAUUUUGUCCAAAUAUCUUCCCAUCAAAGUUGAACAAGUGGUGUGCUGUAAACUCACCUCAGUGCAAACUCAGAUUUAUAAGCAUCUCGUCAAGUCCAAUGUUGCCCGCCGACUCCUGCAAAACCAGCCUAGAGGAGUCAGUGCUUCAUCRCUUGGUUUUAUUACAAACCUGAAAAAACUGUGCAACCAUCCUGAGCUGAUAUAUGAGAAAGCCCAGUUGCAAGAAGAUGGCUUUGAAGGAGUUGUAGAUCUCUUCCCUGACAAUUUUAACCUUAAGAAUCUUUGUGCAGAUCUGUCAGGUAAAAUGCAAGUUCUUGAUUUUAUUCUUGCCAUGACCAAAUCUUCAACAACAGACAAAGUUGUACUGGUGUCAAACUACACUCAGACUUUAGACAUCUUUGAAAAACUCUGCAGACAGAGAAGGUAUCAGUAUGUCCGUCUUGAUGGUACCAUGUCAAUCAAAAAAAGACAAAAGAUUGUUGACAGGUUUAAUGACCCAAAGGGUGACUUCAUCUUUAUGUUAUUUUUUUAAGCUGGCGGAUGCGGCUUGUUUUUUUUAGGUGCAAACAGGCUUGUCUUUUUUUAUCCUGAUUGGAAUCCAGCUAAUGAUGAUCAAGCUAUGGCGCGUGUAUUUUUUUAUGGACAGAGAAAGAAG